UGCGUGUUGUGUGCGUGUUUUGGUGUGAUACUGUUUAUCAAUGUUUUGAUUAAUAGAACUCAUAAACCAUGAUAAUAUCGUGGUGUUAGAAAUUUAAAAUUUAGAAUUCAUUCUCUACGUUCCCUCUUCGUGUAAAUUCCGUUUCAAAACUCGAAUUGUUUCCGUUGCUACAUUUCUAGUCACUAUCUUAGUUCUUUUAUUUUUUAAUUUGUUUAUUAUCUUUGUCUGGGACUCUUAUAGUUCGUAUGUACUUAUCAUUAAUCUCUUAAAUUAAUUCGAGUUUAAAUGAAAUAACACACAAGGUCAAUAACCAGUAAGUUAUUUUACGACUGGGCGUACUACAAAGUACUUAUAUAUUUUUGUUUUAUAAUAAUUGUCAUCCACAGAUAAGUUUGCGUAUCGAUGAUGGAAGAAAAGGGGACUCCUAAAAGCAUAACACUUCCAGAAACAUUGGAAGUUUUUCGAAAUUUGAAAAAUGCCAAACAAUUUGCUAUAGACAUAGGUGAGUUAUAUAAUAUAUUGUUAAUAAGUAUUGUUUAAAUCUAUUUUUAAUUUCCACUAAUAUUGUACGCAUAUAGUAGAAAAAAAAAUAUCUAUAAAUUGAUAUUUUAAUCAUCUAUUCAGUAUAAUUUCUUGUAUAAUAGAAGUAUAAAUAAUUAUUUUAAAUUAAUCCCCGUGCAAACCAUUUUAAUGGGCUCAAUAAUUUUCGAAUCACUGUUGAUUAUAUUCUGUAAUUUUUGUGAAUAAGUUAAUAGGUGCUUUAUCACUAUUAACUUUUGUGUCAUUAAAACAUAACCAAAGAUGUAUUGCUUUUUAUAUAUCUUCAGUUCUAGGGAAGAAGAGCUUAGUGACUUUUGUAUAGUUUUCAAUACAAAUAGAUUAAAUCAUUUUACACUAAUACAUUAUAUACACUAAUUUUCAAAGUAUAUACAUUUAUACACUUUGACCAAAAAAUAAAAUAAAACAAAUUACACAAGGUAAAAUAAUUAAAAAAAAAAAUUCAUAAAUCUUCCCAGAGUUUAAAGAAAUGUAGAUGUAAUUUUUACUAUAUGAAUAUGAUUGAUUAUUAUAUUGACAAUUUCAUAAUUUAGAUUUUGAUUUUAUUGUCUCUAUCUUGUAAACAAUAUGAUGAAAUUUGUUUUCCCAUUUCCAAGAAUAUUACAAUGUGAAUAUAAACAAAAGUUGAUAAAGAGAAGUUUUAUAAAGAAACAAAUGAAAUACAUUAUUUUUUUUUUUGUUCUACUUUUUAUUUCUAAUAUAGUGUGUCCCACCGUGUUCAACUUAUUUUUCAUGGGCUGUUAAUAUAACAUUUUUUUUUUCAAUCAGUUUGUCUUCAAGGGAACAUCAAUUUGGAGAUGAAUUCAAUUUUUAUUUUCAUCCUCUAAAAACAAAAAAACAAUAACUUUAUUUAUUCACUUUAAAAAUUUUCAAAACAGCCAUUUUGUAAAAAAUAUUCAUAAAAUUGUAUUGUAUCACACAUUCAUAUCUAAUGAAUAAUUUCUCAGUUAUAGCCCUAACCAAUAAUCGGGUAUGAAUGUAUGUUACAUUAAUUUUUUUAGAAUAAUACUUUUUACAAAAUGUCUAUUUUCUAAAAUAAAUAAAUAGUUGUUUUUUUUUGUGUGUGUGUUUAGGUGCAGAAAAUAACUUACAAUGUUAUUAGUAUUAAUGUAAAUAUUAAAAUAUAUUGUUAUAGGUGGUUCGCUGACAAAGAUAGCAUACUAUUCAACAGUAUCAUUUAGACGUGUUUAUUAUGCUGCCGAUAAUGUUGAUAAAAACAAUGAUGAAGACAAGGAUGAAGUACGAUAUAUUUAUAUAUUAUAAAAUUUUAGAAUUAUUAAUUCAUAGCCAAAAAGUAUAAUAAAAUAGUUUAGGUAAUUACUAGUUUUAGCUUAACUCAUCUUCAGAUUACAUAAAUAUAAAAUAAAAAAACUUUCUAAAUACAAAUAAAAUGUAAAAAACCCAAUUUAAACGUGAUACAAUAACAUGGAUUUUUAAAAAAUAUUUUAAUUAUAUUUAGAAAAAUGUUUUUAUUUUAUAUUUGAGGUAACUUGAAGAUGACUUAGACCGAAAUUAGUAGUCACCUUUAUUAUUAUACUUUUUGGUUUUUAAUUGAUAAUUGAGGGGUUGGGUGCAAGGUCAUUUUUUAGAAAAAUGUGUUUUGACUAAAAUGAGUUACAGUUCCAAAUCUGUGUCACUUAUUUGGUAUUGCUCACAUAGUUAUAAAAUAUGUACUAGAUGAUAGAUCGAAUUAACAAAAUAAAAAAAAAUUGUCAUUUUUCUUUGUGUCCACAAAACUGUAAAUAAAUGAGACAUACGGUCAUGAAAAUGUCCUUCUUGCAUCAAACAAUAAUAAAAUAAUAAAGUAAAAAUAAAAUUAUUAAAAUGGUUAACACUCGUAAAUAAAUAUAUAAAUACAAAAUGUAUGUAUAAAAAAUUAAUAAAUUAAUGAAUGAGUCACUUGGAGUAUUAUGAUAAAUGUAUUUUAAUACACCAAGGGACUCAUUCAUUCAUUUUUUUUUUAUUUUUAUUUGUAUAUUUAUUUACUAUACAUAUCAAAUAAUAAUUACCUAUUUUAUAUAAAUCAAAUAAUUAAAGAACUAGAAUUUUAUAAUUUCUAUAUUUGAAUUUAUAUUCAUAGUGUCAAAAAUUAUUUGAAAAAAAUAACAGUCAUGAAAUGAAACAUACAGCAAUGAAAACACAAUACAGUAAUAAAAUAGAAACUUGUAUUAUCAAAUUAAUCUAUGACGAAAAAUAACAAGUUAUCAAUUAUAGUCAUUGAAAUAUACCUAAAACAAUAUUAUUAAUAAAUAUAACAAAUAUAAUGUAUGGUUCCUAUGCAAAGGCAUUUAUACACAAUUACAUAAAUGCUUCUCUUGUGUUCUAUUUAUACAUUUUUUUUAUAAAAUUUGUAUUACAUAUAAUUAAUGUACAGGUUGCUGAAUCCAAAAAAGUGUUAUAAACAAAUAGUGUAUUUUUAGGGAAAUGCUUAUAUUGCACUCAAUUAUAAAAUUGUAUAAUAUAAAUCAAGCAUACAAUUUACCAUUGUGGUAGAUUUAGUAUAAAUAAUGAAUAUGUUGCAGAAUUUUGUUAAUUAUAUUAAAUAUUCACUUGAAUAUAUACUCUAGAAACAAGAUAAAUUUGUUUAUACAUAUUCUGAACAAGCAAGAUUACAUUUUGUGAAGUUUGAAACCAAAUACAUUGAAAACUGUUUGGACUUCAUUGGUGAAAAUUUAGUUAGUAGUGAUGAACGUAAAGGAAAAAGUAUCAAAGCUACAGGGGGCGGUGCAUACAAGUAUAGCAAACUUAUUCAAGAAAAAUUAGGCUUAGAGUAAGUUGUGAAAUACUUGUAUAAUGCAUAUUUAUUUAUACUAAUCUUAUUAUGAUUUCAGAGUAGACAAAGAAGAUGAAUUGGAUUGUCUUAUUAUAGGAUGUAAUUUUUUGUUAAAAAAUAUAAGUGAUGAAGCGUUCGUUUAUAAUCGCAAUGGUAGUCCAGAAUAUGAAUUUCAAACGGCAGACCCGCAUGUAUUUCCGUAUAUGUUAGUAAACAUUGGUUCUGGUGUAAGUAUUUUAAAAGUAGAAUCAGACAGUUCUUAUGAGCGUAUCGGUGGUACUGCUACCGGAGGUGGUACAUUUUGGGGCCUAGGUACACUUUUGACUAAAGCUAAGUCAUUUGAAGACUUACUUGAUCUUGCUGAAAAGGGAGAUCAUAGAAAGGCUGAUAUGUUGGUGAAAGAUAUUUAUGGUGGAGAUUAUAAGAAUCUUGGUAUGCAUUCGGAUUUAAUUGCUUCUUCUUUUGGGAAAGUAUGUCCUCGCCAAAAUGCAGGUAAAAUGUAAAUAUGAAAUAUUACGUUUUUAUUUUUUAUUAAAUACUCUGUUUUUUUUCAGAAAGUGAUUAUAAUGAAGCAGACUUGGCAAGAAGUUUACUGUUUGCAAUCAGCAAUGAUAUUGGUCAAAUUGCCUGUUUAUAUGCAAUGAUGCAUAGUUUAAAAAAGGUAUAUUCUAAAUUGUAUUUCAUAAUUUAUUUAUUUGUGAUAAUAUUAAAUCAAAUUUAAAAAAAGGCAUAGCCACUGCUCUAAGGUAGUAGGCCACUAGUAGAAAGUUGGAGAAGGUAAGAUUAACUACAAGAAAUUACCCCUGAAGUUUAUGACCGGAGUACAUUUUGUGGUCAACAUUUUUAACAGACAAUUAAUAAAAAAUAUAAAUAAAUUUAAAAAAAGGACAGUCAUCCUAUUAUUACUUAUUUUAAUAGUUAGAAAAUAAACUUUGAUUCAAAUGAUUUCUGGAACUACUCAUUCAAUAACAUUGUCAUGCAAUUUUUUUUUUUUUCAUUACAACGUAAAUUCAUAAAUAAUACAGUUUAAGUUAUUAAUUUUUAAAUAAUCAGCAAAUAUGCUGAAGUUAUGCUGCUAUUUAAAUACUCCUAAAAAAUACCUGUAUGUUUUAUAAAUAUGUUGGUGCAGUGUCAUGCAUCAGUUACAUUUCUGGUUUUGGAUCCUGAACAUGUUUAUUAUUUUUUUUUCCAUAAUUUCAAAUCUACUUUUACUUUUUUACAUACCUACUGAUUAUUAUUUAUAAUUUAAUUUGUAUUAUUCACUUUUUAUCUAAAGGAUGGCUUAUGUAAAAAUCUUUUCUUAACAUAUUCAAUUUUUAACUUUGCAAGUAAAUAGGAUAUUAUUGAAGGACAGACGAAUGAAAGAAGGAGGAAAAAGAAGUUUUUGAGUGGGUGGCAGGGAGGGGUAAGAAUAGUGGUAGAAGUUACUUAUGCACAGCCUAGAUGGUACACGAGUUAACUGUGAUAGAGGGCAUACAACUAUAGUAAAAUAUAAUUAAAACAUUAGAAGCAACUUUUAUUGCAUGAGCAAAGAUAGACAGGACAGUUUUUUUGAUUAUAAAUUUCUUCUUCGGUUUUAUAGUUUGUACAUAGGUUAGAUUUUUAUAUUUAUCAAAAAUGUGUUAUGUAUGUACUGUCUAUUAUAAUGAAUACUAAUUAUUUUUAAAAUUUAUAUAAUAUAGUCAGCAGGCCUAUAGUAAAAUGAAUAGAUCGGGCCACUGAGAACCUCAUGUUAUUCUGUUAAGUCAGGCUGUCCCUGAUAUAAUUUAUCUUAAUAUCUGUUAUCUAAUUUGGUGUAAAUACACCAGAUACUUCUAGGAUAUUUGAUUAAUAAUUAUUUAUAAUAAUUACUUUAUUAUGUUUACUAGGUCUAUUUUGGUGGUUACUUUUUGAGAAAUCGUUCUCUCAGUAUGCACACAAUAUCAUUUUCUAUAAAAUUUUGGUCUCGAGGUACUGUACACAGUUUGUUUCUAAGACAUGAAGGAUAUUUAGGAGCAAUUGGAGCAUUUUUAAAAGGCACUGAGGAUUGUGGUAAUACUAUUUUAUAAAUUAAUGUUUUAUAGAUAGUUUGUUACUUAUAUAUUAUAUUAUCUUUAAUAUUUGUAGACAGUGACAAGUUUUCGUGGUUAGAGAAUUAUGCUGGUAGUGGAAGUAACCGUACUCAAUUGACGUUUGGUAAACGAGUGGAUCAGCUUGAACUUGAUCGUUGGGAAUCGCCUUUAACAUUUUGUCCAUUGCUUAAGGAUCCAUCUACUUACAUCCCAGACACAGUUGACUUGAAUUCUGACAAAGAAGCUAGGUAAAUUUUAUAUAUUUUAAAUAUAUUUAUCAAAGUAAAUAUAAAACUUAGUUUUAUAUAAAAUUUAAAUUUUGAGAAUUAAAAAUACCAAUGUAUUUCAUUCAACAUUAUGAUUUUUAGGGAAUAUUGGUUGAAUUGUUUUGAAGAAAGUAUUGAAAAUUAUGUAAAAUAUGCUAUAGCAAGUCAACCGAAUAGUACUACAGCUGAAAAACGAGCUUCUAUGUUUAAAGAAAAAUUUAUUUCUCGAGUGAAGUUGCUUAAAAUUAAACCAUUGUAAGAUUUAGUUAUUUAUUUUAUUAUUAUUUUUUUUUUUGUGUAAAACUAAAUUUAUUAAUUUGUUUUACUCUAUUUAGUGCCUAUGGAAAUUUGACUGUUAGAGGUCUUCUGGAUACUAUUAAUCAAUGUUUAAAAGAAUUUGAUUUUCCUGAUCCAUAUUUAACUGUAAGAUUUUUAAAAUAGGUAUUUAAACAAAUGUAUUUAUAUACUAUUGUGUAUUUAUGUGUGAGUAAUUCAUAAAAUAAAUUUUAGCAAAAACGAACAGAAAAUGAAUAUGCAUUGACAUGUCUUCAAACACGGUUAGAAGAACUGGAUUCUUUAGAUUUUGAAGAAAGGCAAAGAGAACUAGUCAUGGGAGUUAUGGCUGGAAAUACAUUUGACUGGGGUGCCAAAGAAACUGUAACCCUAAUGAAAUCUGGUAAAUUUAAUUUUCAACAAGCAAGGGCCCAAAUUCCUGGUAAGUAUUAAUAAUCAAUAAUUAAAAGUGUAAUUCAAUUAAUGUAAUAAACAUUAUUUUCUUUGUUAUUUAUGCAGCCCGACCUUGGUUGAUUGACUGUCUGGACCAAUGGGUACUGAAAAUAUGCAAUAGGCUGUACAAAAGAGUUGCUAUUUUCAUUGAUAAUAGUGGUUUUGAUAUAGUUUUGGGUAUAUUACCACUAGCCAGAGAAAUGCUUCGGCAAGGUUCUAGAUUAUUAUUGUGUGCUAAUUCUGCACCAGCACUCAACGAUGUCACACAUACCGAACUUGUCGUACUAUUACGUCAGGCUGCUGCUAUUUGUCCUAUUAUUGCUAAAGGGUUGGAUGAUGGUACAUUGCAAUCAAUGGAGACUGCACAAGGUGGACCGUGUCUAGAUCUUAGGUGAGAAAUUAAUUUUUAAAAUACCUAAUAAUAUAAAAAUGAUCCCAAAAUGUUUUACUGUACUCAACAAAGACAUAAUGUACAAUAACAGAUGUUAUGAAUUUUCCCCGUGAAUUAAAAAUCAAUACUAUUGUGAAAAAAUCUAUUGUUUCUAAAUUUAACAUAUAGGAUAAUCAAUUACAGAAUUAUUAAGUGUACAUUAUUUUAUCUAAUCUGGUAGAGUAUAUUUCUAAUAAUUUACUAGUAUUUAAUGCCUAAUAAAAUAUUAAAUAACUGAUAAAUUAAAAAUUAUAUAUUAUAAAAAGAUAUGGACAUACUUUGCAUAAUGAGUGGGCCUCUGUUGUAGGUGAGAAGUUGGGAAGGCAGGAUAAAGAGAAGAAUUUAAUGUAUAUUUGCACACAAUAAUUAAUCUUUGUUAAUGAAAAAUGAUUCUGAGUGGAGUUCGGUUAUACAUGUUUUGAAAGUCAGUAAUAUUUAUGAUUUGAAAAUAAUACAUUUUGUAAAUUUUACCGGCUUUUCCAAUUUAUUAGGAAAAUCAAAAUAUGAGUACUACUCUAUUUAAAUUUCCUUUUAGAAAAAGUGCUACACAAAAUCGGAGCAAAAUUUCUGGUUGAAAAGUUGUACACAGAAAAAAAAAACAUAUCAUUGUAAAAUUAAUACAUUUCUAGCUACAUUCAGAUUUUAAAAGUUCUUUUGAUAAAUAAAGUUAAAUGUUUAACAAUUGGCUGUAGUGUUAAGUUAAAAUCAAAUUAACUUGGUCACUAAUACAAUAAUAUAACAUUGUAUUUUUUUUAAAAUAUUAAUAGUUUGUGAUUUAUUAUAUUAGCCGGUUGGGACGAGAACUGGCCAAUGAGCUGCUCACCGUAGAUCUGAUUGUAUUGGAAGGAAUGGGGCGAGCUGUGCACACCAAUAUAGAUGCAGAAUUUGUGUGUGAUUGUUUCAAGUUAGCUAUAAUAAAAAAUCGUUGGCUUGCCAAACGAUUGGGUGGAGACAUGUUUUCCGUAGUUUGCAAAUUUGAGUGUUGUGAACAAUGAUAAUUAAAAAAAAAAAACAAAACAAAAAAAAAAGUAAUAUAUGCAUGUUUUAUUUUAUUAAGUAUUAAAAAUUGAACAGUGAAUUAUAAUCACACACAAUUAUGUGUGUGAUAUCACUUUUUAACAUUUGAGUUCUGUGGGAACUGGAUAGUGAGACAUAAGUGCACACUUAGCUGCUCUAAGUCCAAUCGCAACACAUUCGUCUUGUGAUUUUCCCUGCAGGACUCCAGAUAUGUAACCUGCACACAGACUAUAACACAAAAAAUUUGGUUAAGGAUAUAAUAUUAUUGUUAUUUUACCAUUAAUGUAUGUUAUAUUUUAAUAUAAUUGUGUAUUUUUGUUGUUUUUUUUUUUUUGAAGCAGUAAGCAAAUAAGUUUUUAUAUUUUUUAUUGUUAUUCUUUUAAAAUGUUUGAAUUUAUUUUUGUUCUGGGUUUUGUAAUUAUUUUUAUACCUUAUACGUGAACAAUCAAAAUGUAUUAAAUAAAUAUUUAAUAUUUUACGUUUGAAUAUUACUUGUCUAUUGAUGGCAAUAAAAUUAAUUUUUAUGGAAA